CACUUCGGUGUUACUUGCUGAACGGUUUUCCCGCGUUCUUGACUGUCACUUGGUACCUAACUUUACGCGUGAAAGUUACCAUAGACUAUAAUCUUUUUUUUUAUAAAUUCAAAGGAGGUUAUUUAAAUGUGAAGGAGGUCUUAUUUAUUUAUUUGCAUUCAAUAAUUUCAAGGUUUUUUAUAGUGUGCAAAGUGUGAUAACGAUAAAUGAGCGAAGGUGUUUUAUAACUUUUAUUAUAGAAAGGAAAAUAAAACCAUUUUCAUUUUAAGUGGUUAUUAAGGAAAAUGGAAAACAACAGGCGUUACUAUGACAACGGAGGCUUUGUGCGUUCGGAGAAAAAUGUUCGGAUGUCCAAAAAGCAAGGGGAUAGCAAUAACGGAGCGAUGGCAGAUGUGGGAGUGUCACAGUCUGUGCUGGUGGAGCCGAGAGAAGACACGGGGAGGAAGCUGCCACAGUACAUUGCAGCUUUGUCAGCUACCCUCGGAGCGUUAGCAGCCGGUGCCAUGUUAGGAUGGUCAUCGCCUGUCGUCUUCAGAAUAACUCAAAACACCACAAACGAAUACGACUUCGACGUGACACCAACCCAGGGCGAUUGGGUUUCCUCUCUCAUCAACCUCGGAGCUGCCGCCAUUUGCUUCCCCAUAGGUCUCGUUAUGGACGCCAUAGGCAGGAAGAAAACCAUGCUUUUACUUGUCAUACCCUUUACUUUAGGCUGGUUACUUAUUACCUUCGCGACUAGUGUUGCAAUGUUAAUGGCUGGAAGAUUUAUUACUGGUGUAGCGGGUGGUGCGUUUUGCGUCACAGCUCCUGCGUACAACAGUGAAAUUGCUCAGGACUCCAUACGCGGAACUUUGGGAAGUUUCUUCCAAUUGAUGAUAACUGUCGGUAUACUGUUCGCUUAUGCUGUCGGAAGCUACACAUCCAUUUUCGUAUUCAACAUAUUGUGUACCAUGAUCCCAAUUAUUUUCGGUUUAGUAUUCUUCUUUAUGCCCGAGAGUCCAAACUUUUUAGUCAUAAAAGGCAGGCCCGAGGAAGCCAAAGAUGCCCUGAUAAGAUUACGCGGUCGGAACUACGAUGUUGAUAGCGAACUGAGCAAUCUCCAAAUGAAAGCUGACUUAGCAAAAAGUCAACCAAUUUCGUUCGCAUCGGCGAUUACAAAGAAAACUGCAUUGAAAGCUCUCUUGAUUUGCUACGCGUUGAUGUUAUUCCAGCAACUAUCUGGUAUUAACGCGGUCAUUUUCAAUACAUCCGCCAUUUUUGAUAGCGCAGGCGCAACUAUUCCAGCGGCAAUCGCCACUAUUAUAAUUGGAGUAAUCCAAGUUAUUGCUACUUUUGUUUCUAGUGUGGUAGUCGAUAAAUUGGGCAGACGAAUCCUUUUACUUUUCUCCGCGCUUGUCAUGUGCUUAUGUUCAACCGCUUUGGGCGUUUUCUUCUUCUUAAAGGACACCCACGGUGAAGGAUCCUCGAUAGUUGAAGCUAUAUCCUGGCUUCCUUUGUUGUCAUUGUCGCUAUUCAUUGUUGCGUUUUCCCUCGGUUUUGGACCAAUCCCUUGGAUGAUGGCUGGUGAAUUAUGUUUAAUCGACAUCAAAGCAUUUGUCGGUUCAACUGCGGGUACCUUUAACUGGCUCCUAAGUUUCACAGUUACAAGCACAUUCAACUCUUUAAACACUCUUAUAGGAUCUGGUCAAGUAUUCUGGGUAUUCGCUGGUAUCAUGCUGAUAGGUUUCGUAUUUAUAUUCUUCGUUGUACCCGAAACUAAGGGGAAGAGUGUUGACGAAAUUCAGUUAAUGCUAGGCGCAGAACCACAGGCAACCAUAAAUAAUGUGGAUGAAAAGAUAUAAAUCAUAGAGACUGAUGGAGUGUUUUUUUUAAAAUUAAGACUAUUAUUGUCUUGUCAGUCUAUGGUUGGCUAUAUGGAGAUCUUUGGUGUCACUGUGUGCAAGUAAGCAAGGUUAGGUGCUGUUCCUUUACCAAAGAUUUUGUCGUUUUGAUUUGUUGGUUUGUCGACAUUUUUAGUGUUAAGGUAUUUUAGAAUGGUAUUUACUGUACACGUCACGAAAAUUGGAAUUUAUUAGUCAAUUUUAUUAAGCCAUCUAUGUUUACAAAAUAUAAAUACCAAUGUCCUUCUAUAAAAACCGUGCUCAAAAAAUCAAUCUGAUUAACAAAAGUAGAUUGAUUUGGUUGACAGUUGGACACAAGCUUCCAGAUAUUUAGGUUGUAAUUUUGGUUGAUAAUAACCGUCGUCGUAAAACUCACCUUAUGAUAAUAACGUUAAAGUGAAAAUCGCCUAAAUGCAGCACCAUAAAGACAAUUGCCUAAAUAUACGUCCAAACGUUUUUGGAUGUUUUUUUUUUAAUUUCCGCGGAUCACUUUUGGCUCAUCCUGUAAUUUUUCAUCAAAUCAAAAACUUUUGUGGACGCAUUUAUUAUGGAAUAAGCCUAUCAAGAUAUAAUCAACCAUUAUUUUUACUUUCGUGGUGUCUUCUCUAGUGUAGUGUAACAAAAUACUAUUUAUUCAUAAAAAACAAGUUCUCACGGCAGCUUUUUUGGUAUUAUAUGGUGCGUAUACUCAAGAUAAACGUGCUUCGACCAAUGCAUCAUUUUAUUGGUUGGUCCUUUUAUGAGUGUAAAUGCACCAUUAUAGGUAUGGGCAUAUUUAUAGCUCGCUCACACAGGCUGCGUAUGCGUAGACGUAGCGCGUACCAUUGCGUUGUAAUGUAUGGAACUGUGUGAAACAUGGCACACCGCUUGCGUAAAGCGUGAACGUAUGCGUAACCCGGUGUGUUAGGGGUUUACGCGCAUGUCACGUGUACGCAAUUGGUAUGAAUUGGCCUUAAGAAUGGAUAUUCGGUUGUACACAAAUAUCGAAACUAAAAUAACUGCUCUAAAAGUAGUGUCAUCCUUUCACAAUGUUUGCUGUGAAAAGGGAGGGCACUACUUUUAGGCCAAUUUUAAUUAGAUUUGUGUUCCAUUAAAGCAUCACUGUCCAAUCUAAGACAAUUUAAACUAUAUAUUGUAAGUAUUGAUAUUACUAGAAUUAAGUCUUGUAAUAAUGUAUUUUAUAAAUUAUCCUUUAAAAUAAUUGUAAUUUUAGUAAAUGUUUUAUACCUAUAUUUAUCUAGACAAAUAUACUUGGGUGUACAAAAUCGUCACAUAGACAAAAAUUUUCUAUGAUAUAAUAAAGUAUUGCCAUAUUUAUUAAACAUGUAGAUAAAGUAAGGCUGUUGUCGUUUGUUGUGAAUGUUUUAAUAAAUAAGUGUUCAAUCCAA